AUGUCGGAAAGUAGUAACCGUACAGAAAGCAGACCUUCUUCCGAACUGGCUCAUACGGAUUCAUUAGCAAGCUCAAUGGUUUCAAUGGAUACAGACGAACAUCACGAGCUGUACGAUCACAGGCGUCAGCCUGAUCAUUUACCGGUAGUUGCUGGUGUCGUCAGUGCUCCUAGUAAUAUGGAAGAUAGGUCAAGGGCAGGUUCAAGCGCCUCUUCAUCACGUCCACAGAUGGCGAAAAUUGGUUCACAUUUAGGUAGGCAAGGAACGCAGCCCCAACAACCCUCAGCACAGAGAAGGGCUUCCUUUGAUACUGAUAAUUCUCAGGCUUCAAGAGAUUCUCAAGAAACUGAAGAGGAUGUCUGUUUCCCCAUGCCGCCGCAGUUACAUACAAGAGUUAAUGGAAUCGAUUUCGAUGAUAUGGAAGAAUUUGCGAGAGAAUCUCAGCAGGCCAAUCAGAUGCUUAUGCGACAGAAUAGGGAUUUUGAAAAUAUGAGACAAGGUCUCGAACCGGUAACAAAUAGGAACAACACUGACGACCCCGCCGGCGGUAAUGACAACGAUGGUAGUGGUGACAAUAGAGUUGGCGGUAGCUCGACGUCGACAUUUGCCUCAAGUCCAAGUUCAUCUGCAGCUUUGAAAUAUACGCCAAGACCUGCUAUAAAGUCUGCUAUCAGUACCGGAGAAUAUAACAACAGUAACACACAGGCUCCUGGUAUAUCGUUUGGUAAUAACAAAGUCGAAGAAGAUGAAUUUGAUGUAAAGAAGGGAUCAGCACCUCCGGAAUAUGAGCUACAAGAGGAGCUCUACGAACCUGAAUUUGUUGCUCCCGAUAGAUUUUCAUUUUUUUCGUCAGAAAGUGAAGAAACUGUUCAUGCUACUAGUAUUCCAGGCCUAACUAAACCAGGCCAAGCCUUUGCAGAAUUGUUUCGUAAUGGUGAACCUACGUGGUGGCUAGAUUGCUCUUGUCCUACGGACGAUGAAAUGAGAUGUAUUGCAAAGGCAUUCGGAAUCCAUCCUUUGACUGCAGAGGAUAUUAGAAUGCAGGAAACCCGUGAAAAAGUUGAAUUGUUCAAAUCGUACUAUUUCGUUUGUUUCCAUACUUUCGAAAGUGAUCACGAAUCGCAAGAUUUCUUGGAACCCAUUAAUGUUUACAUCGUGGUUUUCCGUUCAGGUGUAUUGACGUUCCAUUUCGGUCCAAUUUCUCACUGUGCUAACGUGAGAAGAAGAGUUAGACAAUUGAGGGACUAUGUUAAUGUCAAUUCUGAUUGGUUAUGUUAUGCUUUGAUCGAUGAUAUUACAGAUAGUUUUGCCCCUGUGAUUCAAUCACUGGAGUACGAAGCCGAUGCUAUUGAAGAUUCGGUAUUUAUGGCAAGGGAUCUUGAUUUCUCCAGAAUGCUACAGAGAAUUGGUGAAAGUAGAAGGAAGACAAUGACCCUUAUGAGGCUUCUAAGUGGUAAGGCAGAUGUUAUUAAGAUGUUUGCUAAGAGAUGUCAGGAUGAAGCUAAUGGUAUUGGACCCGCCCUCACGUCUCAAAUUAAUAUCGCCAAUUUGCAAUCUGGUGGUAUUAAUAAUAACAAAAUUAACCACAAUUUUGCCAAUACGAUUCAGCCUAGAGGUGACAUUGCUCUUUAUCUUGGUGAUAUUCAGGACCAUUUGCUCACCAUGUUUCAAAAUUUAUCUGCCUAUGAGAAGAUUUUUUCAAGAUCUCAUUCCAAUUACCUGGCUCAGUUGCAAGUGGAAUCUUUCAAUUCCAAUAACAAGGUUACUGAAAUGUUGGGUAAAGUUACAACUUUAGGUACUAUGCUUGUUCCACUAAAUUUGAUUACAGGUUUAUUCGGUAUGAACGUCAGAGUACCAGGUGUUGAUGCGAAAGGCCUGGGUUGGUGGUUUGGUAUUUUGGGUGUUAUGAUCUUUUUAGGGAUAUCUGCAUGGUUCGGUGCUUCUUAUUGGAUUAAAAGAAUCGACCCUCCAAGGACUCUAAAUGAUGCUGCAGAAAGUGGUGCUAGAUCGGUUAUUUCAGGAUUUCUACCUCGUGGCCGUCGUGGUAAGCGUUUCGAUUCAAAUGGUCGCAAGGGUAAAUUGGGUCCAUCUGCUAACCGUUCGGUGGAAAGUCUGCCAUCGAAAUUGAGUCGUUACGAUUAA